AUGCAAGUAGUUCAAACCUUCAGUAGCAUCAAAGCACAUGGAACUGGUGAAGAUUGGUACCGAUUGCUUAAUCUUGAUCCAAAUAAGAACUCACUGAUACUAACUGUAUAUAAAUGUAAUGAGAAUGAUAUACAAACGAUCAAAAAUUACCUUCAAUCAUCAAAUCUCAAAGACGAACAGUCUCUCAUUGAGAGUUUCAUAGAUUAUUGUUACCAAUUAGAUCCUUAUGAUAAAGACCUGAAUCACGAUCUUAUUAAUGGAUUCCUUCAGAAAUUAUUCCCUUUGGUGUUGAAGAAUACUAUGUUCAUAAAGACGUUUAAAAGUGGUAUACUAUUCGCUUUGAAGUUAGAACUCAUAGACGCUAACCAUAUCCUCAGAUUCUUUAAUAUGUUGAAAAACACAUGUUCCACGAAUGAAAUGAAAGACUUACUACUAUUCCUCGGUAAUUUACUUAUCAAGACAUAUUUGGAAUUGAAUUUAAUCAUUUGUAAGAAUAUUUUCACCAAUUUGAAUACAUUGAAUUUAGACUAUAGAAGUUUUAACAAGAGAAAAAUAUUAAUUUAUAAAAUGAACCUUUCCCGAUACUAUUUAUAUAAAAACCUGUUAAUUCAGUGCUUCAGAAAUGUUCAAUGGUGUCUACUCAACUGUUUGAAUAUUGACGUUUUGGCAUUGUUCCUUCCUUUAAGUAUAAUGUUAGGUCGUAGGAUCAAAUUUUCAUAUCUAAGACUGGUGUACCGCGGUGACCUUGUAGAUUUUUAUGAAAAGGUCAGUAUUUGUGUACACAACGGUGACUUGCAAGGUUUCAAUCAACUUGUUGAUAAUCGUAAAGAUAAUGAGAUGAUCUUGAAACUCUUGAAGACUAAGUGUUUCAUUCUUAUUAUCAGAAACCUUUUCUUCAAAGUUUUCAGGAUCGUUAAUAAUCAUAACAUCUCCUUCAACUAUUUGAAGACUGCAUUAAACUUUGUGAAGUUCAAAAACAAUGACAUGAUCAUUGAAAACUUGUUGGUAAGUCUUAUUGACCAAAAUUUGAUCAAAGGUAAGAUCCUUCCCAAUUCUAGAUCUUUAGUUUUGUCUAAAGUUAAUCCUUUCCCCAAAGUAUUUGACGUAUAUAAAACAUUCGAUGCCAGAGAUGAUUUCUGGUUGUCCGAUUUAUAG